UACACCCACAUCCCCACCCACCUCUCCCGGGGCUGAGGACCGGAGGAUUCCUGCGUAGCCCAGGGCAGGGGCACAGGAAUAGGCUCAUUAGGCAGAAGUAACAAUUAGGGCAGCGAAAUGAGCGGUGUGAAGGGAGAUACGGAUCGGGAGGCAAAGCAAACACUGAAACGCCGGUUUGGUAAAUAAAUCCUUCUCAUUCCCGAGGGUGUCUCACUUCCCAUAUAUGUUAAACGCCAUAUAAAUGUUCCAGAGGCUGUUAAAGCUCCUCAUUCCGUCGACUUUUACCUUCUAAAUGUGUUUCCGAUGGCUGAAGAGGCUUUACCACUGCCUCCGGCGGAGAUGGCAGAACCGGGGCUACAGCCGGGACAUCUCCCUGAGCCACCGCAGGUUCUGCACCGGGGCCCUCUCCAACUCCCACGGCAACGCCUCCUUCUCCUGCGAGGGUGAAGGCUCCAUCACCUACAGCCGGAGACCUUUGUCCUGCCCGGCCCGGCCAGCGCCAGCCCCCUACAGCAUCUCAGGGGGGUACUCGUGUGACUCUGACAGGUCCAUCAGUGGGGAUUGUGGGGUCACGUCUGGCUGGGACGUCACAGUGGGGACAGUCCCAGUGUAUGGCUCUGGAGUGGGAAUGGGAUACAGCAGCGAGGACUUGGGUCCGGUCAUCAGCAGUGCGGGGGGAGGGGGAAGAUCCGUCUGCCACCGAGGGGAUUUGGGAAUCGCUGAGGGAGCAGGGGCUGGGUAUGGAUACCCUGCACCCCUGAGUGAUACCCUAACCACGGGGAGGGUCACUGAGGGGUCAGGGUACUAUGGUGGAGGGCUGGGAUAUGAAACUGGGACAUUCCCAGGUCCAGAGCUCAGCCCUGAAGGCGGGGGAUGCGCCCAGGUGGUGCAGCAGAAAUGCCCAGUGGUUGUCCCCACCAUCAAGACCCAGCAGUGCAAGCAGAGCACCCGCUGGCCCCCCAUCCAGAAGAAGUGACUGGCCCAGCAGCAGCUCCCACAUCCCAGAAGUGUCCCUGGAUGUGCCACAAUGGAAUUUUUCCCUGACCAUGUCAUUACGGCCUCAGAGCUCCACGUUCCUCACAUGGGGCUGUGCUGACAACACUCCCCCAAGAACUGCUGGAAAAAGGGGUUUGUGCUGUGGUGACAGGAAAAGAUUCUUUUCUCCUUCUCCUUUGGAUCAUGGGUCAGAAAAUAAAACCUCUCAGUCUGUGGAUAUUUUCAA